CAGGAACCCCCACAAUAGCGGGAACCAGAUUUUAAAAAAAUCUAUACAAUCGGCUAAGUAAUUUUAUUGUGAAAGAUUUUUUUUUUUUUUUGACGGUUGAAAAAAAUUCACCUAAGUCGUUUUUGAAUUUCGCUAAAUUCGGCGGGAUGGAGGCGGUAUUGAUUGCCCCGGGGGCGGCGGCCGGCCUCCCCUGCCGCCCUACACGCCUCCGCCCACCCCACCCUUCCACGGCCAUCUCCAUCGCGCCCGCUCCCUUCGGCCAGUCUUCGACAGAAAACCGCCGUGGAGUCCACGUCGCACCGCCGGCACAAGGAUUAUCCCCUCGCAAGGGAUGUUUUUCCAGCGUUAGAUUCCAGGAGAAGGUGGCGUUCAAUAGAGAAAUGGAGACGGCAGCCGCCCAGAUCCGGCCUCCUGUACAGCACGACGAUCCAGAGGACCUGCUGAACGUGUGGCUCGGCGAGCUGGACAACUUGGCACUCGGCCUGGACCGUGUUGUGGCGACCCAGCAGCCUGCCCAGGAGGCUGAGAACCACGUGACGGCACAGCUGAGGCCGCUAUCCUCGGACCUCAACCACCCCAGGAUCGACUCCCUCAGAUAUUCAAUGGCGAAUAUGGAAGAUACGCAGGAUGUUGAUUUGGAUGCGAUUCUGGGCGAACUUUGUGCCCUAGAGAGUGAAUAUGAGGAGGCGAUACGAACUUCUAAUGUGCCAAAAAGGAAAUCAGUUGAAUUAGGCACAAGAGAGAUACCUUCGUCUAACAACAACAUGCACCACUCAUCUCGUCUGAGCCAGGUGUCGACAGCUUCAGCCGUCCCGAGUCAGACGUCAUCAGGUACGAGGACCCACUCGCCAGACAAUGACAGUGCCUUCUCAGAUUCGGUGUCACUCCUGUCGAGUGAAAGCAGCACAUCUGGCGGACACCAUGUCAGCUUCGCUGACGUGCCGACGCCGACAGUGGGCAUUGCAACAAGUAAGGCUGAAAAGAUACGCCUCGCAAUGCAGAAAAUGAAAGAAGCAUCCGUCAAGAAGAUAUUCAUCAAGGUCUUCAACGAUGAUGGAAGUGUCAAGUCGUUACUCGUCGAUGAAACGAUGACAUGUGGCUAUAUUACGCGAGUGCUGGCCGAGAAAAACCACAGGCCAUAUGACCCGCGUUGCGCGUUGGUCGAACAUCUGACUGACCUGUCGAUGGAGAGAGUCUAUGAGGACACUGAGAUCCUUGUAACCGAGCUGAUGCGUUGGACAUACUCGUCCAAAAACCGUCUGCACUUCACAUGGGACAGGGUCGACAAGACGCUGCUCGUUGACGCACCUUGGCUGUUCACAGGGGCUGCCCCAGAUGGCAUGAUGCCACCUCAUCAUCAUGGUGUCUCCCCGAGAAAUCUUGACGUCCUUGAGGACUUCUUUGCUGGCUCCGGUGUCCCGUCAGUAGAAGGCCCAUUGUACAUCAAAUCCGAUUCGUCACGCAAAGGCUGGAAAAAGUACCACUGUGUACUCAGGUCCUCAGGUCUUUACUACUGGCCUAAAGAUAGGUCAAAGUGCUCGUCGAAAGAUCUGGUCUGUCUUGCAACAUUCGACGUUAACACGGUUUAUUACGGCGUCGGUUGGAAGAAAAGAUACAAAGCUCCGACUGAUUUCUGCUUUGCCCUCAAGCCGCCGAGUGUUCAGGACGCGACCGGCAAGUCGUACAAGUACAUCAAGUGCCUGUCCGCAUUGGAUUUGACAUCCCUCCACACGUGGGUCACCGCCAUACGGACGGCGAAGCAUGGAAGGCAGUUGUUGUCAGACUACAAGACUUCUUUGGAGUUUUGCGACCACGACGAGCUGACGACUCCCAGACUCCCCCCUUCGUCGUCUUCGUCCGUCUCUUCGUCUUCCUCCUCGUCUGGCUGCGACGUCGGUUUCGAGGCCGAAUUCCCGUGCGGCACGAUCAAACGGAAACCGGCCAAAAUCCCACUAACGACGACGACAAGGCAGCUCAAAUCGGCGGCGAUCGGGGAAGAAGAGCUCAUCGAUGAUGACGACGAAGACGAGCUGCCUCCCCCGCCGCCCGAGCUGAUGGUCGACGACGACGACGAAGACGACAAUGCACAACCGGGCGAGGCGCCGCGCACCCUCUUCGUCGGCACGUCGAGGAACCCGGAUUUCCUACGGGAUCUGCACCGUGUCGUCGAGAAGAAGUGGCAGGUCGCCGAGAAGUGCAGGCUCGAGAGCGGCACCUCGCCACACCAGGUCCUCGGCUUCAGGCACUACGACAGGUCUCUGUCUGUGAGCAAAUGGCUGGAGGAGCACUACGGCGACCUGCCUCAGAUCCAGCAGGGGGCGCCUCCGAGGGCGUCGAGCCAGUCGCCGAGCAGCCCGGGCCCUGUCCCGCCGGGACAGACGAGGGGCCGUGCGCCUCCACCCCCUCCCAGGGCUCCGACGACCGUCCUCACCAGGAGGUAGAAGUCGGAAGACGAAGGGCGCGAGACGACCGGCCGUCGCAUUCUACCACGGCAACCCCACAAAAGGAGCACCUCCGCCUUCGAAAAGAAAAGGACCGAUCCUGGGAAAAAGACGGAUUUACGAGUGGACUUCGUACGAGACGGAAAAUGGCAGCUAGUUAAAAUAUAAGAAAAACUCAACUUUCCCCCCUUCAAUUCAAGCAUUACCACCUCUUCUAUAGAAUUGUCGCUCUCACCACCAUACUUGGUUUCCCCCACUUAACUUUCUUCAUUCCUUCUACAAACAAAAAACUUUCUUGCUUUUCCCUUUCCCCUUCCUUAUGAGAUUUUGCCCCCACCACUUAGACCAUUUUUUCCAGUCUUUCACUACUCCUAAACAAAUAUAGCCCCCACCACAUAAAUUAUUCCGAUAUUUAACUUCUAUUUUCUCCUCCUAAACAAAUUUUGUCUCACCAGUAGUUCUCCUCUACUUAACAAUUGGAUUUCCCCUCCUACACAACUAUUCCACCACUCAUCUUUUUCCUUUCCCCUUCCUUAAAGAGGUUUUGCCUCCACCACUUAGACCAUUUUCCCUACAUAGUAUUACACCACUCCUAAAUAAAUAUCGCCCCCACCACAUAAAUUAUUCCCUUUUUUAAACUUGUAUUUUCCCCUCCUAAACAAAUCUUGCCUCACCACUGUUUUCCCUUAUUUAGUCUUUCGUUUUAUCCUUCCUAAACAACUCUUACCUCACCACAUCAACAAUUCCACCACUCAUAUUUCCUUUAACCUAAAAACUCUUGCCCCCACCACUUACACAAAUAUCCAACUAUAUCUUCUCUCAACCUCCAGUCUCCUGCAUAUAUUUUCCGUCUCGUCGACAACACUGCGACCCACUGAUUGCGCCGUUUUAGAAAUGUAAUAAGCAGGGUUAUAUAUAUGAUUAAAAAAAGGUUUACUGAAUUUUAAAAAUUGCAGAACUUUUUGAAGAGUGGGCAGAUUGAACGGAUAAUAGAAUUUAGUCUUAUUUGUAGUCAAAGAAAUUUUAUAUAUAUUUAAUGUUUAUUUUGUUAAUUGUACAUAUGUAUUUGAUCUCUGAAUGAAAAAUUUUUACUGCAGGUAAAACAAAUUGUCUAACCGUUUUUUGAUUUUUUAAUGUAACGCUUGAACACUUUGUCUGUACCUUUUUUGUAUAUUGGAAACCUGUGUUAAUGAUGAGGUAUAAAAUAAGAUAAUGUUUAAUAAUUCACAAAAAACAUUGUUAACCAUUAAAUUUAAAGAGAAUUUUAAAUAUAAAUGAAAUAUUGCCAGAAUGAAAUUUUUGUAAAUAUAUUUUUGUUAUGGAAUAUCGCACAGAUUUCAUACGCGUUUGUUGUAUAUUUCAAAUUAGGGUUGUAAGCUCGCAAAUUUCCUUUCUAAAUGUUAUUUUGGCGCAUGCUUUUUAAUGUGUCGGUAAUACAUAAAAUAAAAUAUAAAAUACAGCCGCCAAAUUUACAGAACAGUGUGUAAAUAGAUAGAGCAAAUUUUGUUUUAAAGGAAAAGAAAAUUAAUAAAUAAACGUUGUUUCAAAUAGGAA